GCUUCCUGGUAGUCUGCUGAGUCAACUCCGAUGUAUAAAUCGCGGGAGAAGAGCUCCAAUAGACGACAUCGCAACUCGAUUGUCUGACAGCUCAGCCACUGUUCCUCUUAUGCAGCUCGAAUAUACUCAAACUCAAUUUGAUCAAUCAUGGGCGCCGCAAAGCAAGCACACACACAGCCACUCGAUGGAACGAAGUCUAAACCGUUCACAUUAUGUGUGUUCUGUGGUACGUCCCCAUUAGAACCCGAGAGUAGAUACGUACUGAUCAAUAGCAGGGUCUACUGAGGGGAAAGAUCCCAGGUUCCGCGAUGCCGCCAAAGCGCUAGCGGACAUCAUGGCGAAGAGAUCAUGGUCGCUAGUAUACGGAGGCGGGACUAUGGGGUUGAUGGGCGUACUCUCUGGAAACGUAGUGGCAUCGCAGGGAUCCGACGCGGUGCAUGGUAUCAUUCCACGUGCUCUUCUACUGGGCGGGCCGCCGCCCCCGCCGGAGCAAUUCGGGCGUACAACGGUGGUGGACAACAUGCACGAGCGUAAGCGGAUGAUGGCUGAGGAGGCUGAUGCCUUUGUGGCACUACCUGGUGGUUUCGGGAUGCUGGAGGAGUUACUCGAGAUGACGACGUGGAGCCAGCUAGGCAUUCACGCGAAGCCGGUAGUUGUCCUCAACGCAUCUGGCUUCUUUGACGGUGUGUUUGAGUGGAUGCAUACUGCAAUCAAGUCUGGCUUUAUCCCGGACGUUCAAGGGGGCUUGAUUGGGCAGGCGCGUACAGUCGAGGAGCUGGAGACGUUAGUUACUGCUAGAGAGCCUGUUGAGGGACGAUACACGUUCCUUACAUGGACCGGAAAGGAGGACGAGAAGACCACAGAGGGGGAAGAUUUGGGGAGCCGAAAUGUUCUGGUUUCUCCGUAAGCGUCCAGCCAAUGCAUACAGCUUUAUGGUAUAUCCACCGUCUUACAUUG